CAGAAGUCAUGUCUUCUGCUUCCAAUUCUCACGUGCUUCUAGUCACCCUCAGAGCAAGGGUGACCAGACUUCCCUUCGCUCACCUUGCUCUUUUGAUAUCACGAUCAUCGCGAGAGAUAUGCCUUGGGAUUAGGGAUCUGAAGCCUGGGCAAGUACAUUCGCUGGUGCGAAUUGGUCUCCAAUGCCAUUGGGUGCCACAGACAAGUGUGUGCGAAGAUAGGAGCAGACAACCUUGUUAUGCGAGGUUUACGGAGUAGUGAUAGGCUAUGGGAAUUAUACCAUCGGGAGUCAAGUUGAUCUUGAUUGCACGUAUCACAUGGCUGAUACUUAGGGGUCAUAUAGAUUGCCCUCUGAGGUGUUUUCAGAGACCUUUCUGCGUUAACCCAUUGGAAUAUCUAGCAUGGCUUCGAUCAUUGCUCGAGUCUCGCAGUGUUACUAUUCUGCCGUCGAUACGCAAGGAGUUUGGAAAAUCGAGUUGUCGGUUAACACAACAUCUCUGGGUCCACGCCGUCUCGCUGAUCGGAGUAGAAGAUAGUGCUCUUUUUCCUAUCAGGGGACAAUCUAUUAUAGUCGAAAGAAAUGGCCUUGAUAGAGGUCAUCUCCCUGGAUAUGUCGGUUUCAAAAGGAUGUUCGAGCGAUGCUCCGCGCUGGAGCCAUGUCUAAAAGAAGGGAAGAAGGUUCUGAAGCACUCUGUCGGCCUUAGGCCUGACAAGGAGAGCGGUCCAUGUGUGGAAAUUAGACGGAUAUCGCUUCCUCCCAGACAAAGCUAGUGCCAUAUGUGUUCGAAUAUGCAGAAGAAGGGCAACAGGAGAUACCGGCGGUUAUUCGUGCAUAUGGAAUCAGGUGAGAUCA